AUGAGUGCAGCGGUAUCCACGAUCCUGCCUAUCGAAGCUGACCAGUCCAAGCCGGCUGCUGAUCCCAGAGAUCUCCUCCUACACUCGAUCUAUGAGCCAGACCGCGAUAUACAGGGACUCACUGCUAGAGAGUUGGAGAUAAUCUUCCAGGCAUACAAGAAGAAAGAUCUGGCAAAUGUACCAGUAAGAAAAGCUCCCUCGUACUCAGAAGCUGAGCAAUCAGCGUUGGAGCUUUGGAGGCAGCAGGUCAACCACCAUAUGACGAUGCGCAUCUCACGUUAUAGCAUGGGUUGCGUAUCCAGGCAACAUAAAACCAGUGUGUCGCCGGCGCCCCGACCGAUCAACCGUACAGAGCAUCAGGUGUUCCAGAUUCCAGAACUACUGGACCUGAUCCUUUCGUUCGCAGGUCCACAAGUUCAAAUCCGAGCGCAACAGGUCUCAACUAACUGGCGUUUCUCUGCGAUAUCUGUUAUAUCAAACCCCAAAAAUAUGGAAACAUUCCGUUCUCUGGCACCUCUUCCGCCCGUUGAAUACGGACAACUUCUCGACGAUACCACCAGAUCUCUGCCAGAGCCAGAUUCACAGCAAAUUGAGCAGUUCGGUCUUCAUGUUGAUCACAUGGUCAGUUGGUGGCGUAAGUUGUAUCGGCGGAGAUAUGUGUACUUCCCAGCCAAGCUGGCACAACGGGAUGAUCUGCCAAAUGGGAUUGCUCAAUCUCUCAACGAAUUGGAUGUUGGUCAGCGUCACGGCGACUACCACGGCAGCAUACACACAGUAUCCCGUACUACAGACCUCUACUGGCUCGACCUGUCGCAAUUUCAGAUCAACCCUUACUUCGACCUAUUGUUCUCAGAAAAGGGCCGUAUGCUACAUCGCCUUGGUAGAUGGGAGAUUGGCCUACGUUCUAACGCGACAUCUGAGACACUCGUCCUAGACGACUCGUCGUCGGAGAAGCUGCUGGUUCAAGCAGUUGGAUCAAUGCACAUCACAAACCCGCCUUGUCGAAGUCUAGGUAUAUACUGCUACGACAACUGCGUGUUUCCGAUGCACGGCACGCACAUAUUACUCAGGAGGAUUCGCAACAGCAACGGUAUACGAGUUGCUGAGCUUCUUGAUGCUCUCCAAAGUUGCGCACCUCAGUUACUGACCAAAUGGGUCAAGUGCGCCGAGCACCUCCGCAGGAACGUGACAGAGACAGGACACUGGGUCGAUAGUGUUUGGCUGAUACCGGGCACACCGAGGUUUCGCAUACAUCUAGAUAAUUGCGAUAUGUCAGACGAGGUAUCAUAUGCCACCGCUGUCUGGACACCGGAAAUGGCAAGAGAUGCCGAGACACUCAUUGGUGCUUCUCUAGGAUACCAAGCUCACAUCACCCGCACCGCCUAUAUGUCAGCGGAGCCGCCUAGAGCGACGAAAGAAGGCGAGUGGCUGCCUGAGGAGCUCUUUGAGCCAAUGAAGACCGAGUGUGGACGUUCAAAUAUCAACUGGGAUGCGUGA